CCCGUUUCCAUCCUUGUCUCGCUCCCGCAAGUGCAGUGCCCGUCACGAUGCCUCCUCCAAAGAAAGCCGAUCCACCACACAAGAUGGUCUUUACUGCUAACUCCCUGCGCAACACGACGAUCGCUGUCGAUGACGACACACUAUACUACGAGAUCGUCACUCGUUUCUGGCACCCUACUAUCACAAAGAUCAAGAAACUCGAUAUCGACUCUCAGCAGAUGAUCACCGUCGCCGAGAUCGAGCGAGAACCCAAGCGCGAGCCUCGCGUACGAUUUGGCCUCGAUAAGGAUGAGAACGCAGCAUGGACCGACGCACGGGAGUGGCUUCACUACACGCCGAAGAAAACCAGAGGUGGUGUCUUUAACUCCAACUCCGGCGUCUCUUAUCGCUGGAAAACGCACAAUCGACAAUUACAGUUGAUUCGAGCAGAUGGUGACAACAAAGAGCCUCUAGUUAUCAAGCACAAACACAAGCGUCACUUCUUCGUUAUGCGUAUGUCCAAGCACGCCUGGCUAGAAAUCAAACCCGAGGUCGUAGAAUCCCUCGAACAACUCAUAGUGAGCUAUAUUCUCGUCGAGCGGAGACGGAGAGACUCGCACCCGCGCGUCGAGCUCAAACUCUCAGCAGACUAAUCUUAAACAAGUUCUUCACACUCGGCACACCAUUUUUCGCAUAGUGGGAGAUCAUUCGAGUAUAGUAGCAUAUCUGGCUGCGUUAUCAGAUUCCUCCUCCAGUACCGAUUCCAGCAUUAUCUACCUACAUACGUUCCAGACUCUCACAGCAAUGCAAGCUCCGCAUGGCAUGAUUGAAAACCCUCGUCGCUCCCGUUAUUAUUACUCUCAUGUGUCUCUUCUUGAUUCACACAUUACUAUAGUUUACUCUGUCUAAUUCCGGGACGGAAGAAGUAGUACUUGUGCCGUGGUAGGUACCAGUGCUGAGGAGAUGUACGUGUACAUAUUGGGAUUUGCUUCUGGGUUCACGCAAUUUCUUUCGUUCCUUU